AUGAAGUGUCUCGAGGAGUGAUUUCACAGCAAGGCGUCUGUGUGUAGUCAGGACCUGGAGGCUGAGUGUUGUUACACCCACAGACACUCCGUUGUGUUGUGAGCGGGCGUGGUGUGGACGAUAAAGACGCACCGUAACCACACAGCGCGAGACUACUUCCUACACCAGACUAGGAGCCUGACUGUUACUCCUCCUCAUUCAGAGGGAUCACAACUGGUUUGUUUUGUUUUUUUUCCCCCUCCUGUGUUUGGUGUCGGACAGCGCGCGUCUCCGAGCUCUCUGGACAAACUGCGCGCGCUCUCGCGUCACUCAAUGGGCCGGCGGAGUGCGUCGGUGUGCGCGCUCUUCUGCAUUCUCCCUAAAUGGACCUGCAUCAUCAUCUGAUCACACGAGUGUGUGUGUCUGAGUGACUGCUGUUGUGGUCAGGCUUGUUUGGGAGACAGACAGACAGAGAGAGUGAGAGAGAAAGAAAAAAAAAAUGAGCGGCGGAGAAAUCAUCUGCCAGGGCUGGCUGAGAAAAUCUCCACCGGAGAAAAAACUUCGAAGAUACGCCUGGAAGAAGCGCUGGUUUAUCCUACGCAGUGGGCGCAUGAGUGGAGACCCAGAUGUUCUGGAGUACUACAAAAAUGACCAUGCCAAAAAGCCCAUACGCAUCAUUGAUCUACACUGCUGUGAGCAGGUCGACGCAGGACUCACUUUCAAGCGUAAAGAGUUCCAGGACAGUUUUGUAUUUGAUAUCAAAACAGCCGAACGAACCUUCUACCUAGUGGCAGAGACGGAAGACGAGAUGAACCGCUGGGUUCGUUCCAUCUGCCAGCUAUGCGGAUUCAAUCAGUCUGAAGACAACCACGAUGACAGGCCAUCCACUACCCACAUGCAUCGCUCCAUGGCUGGUGACCUCAGCAGUACUCUGUUCUCUGGCUCCUCAGGUGAACGCAAGACGACUGUGCCAUCACACUCUAGCCAACCAAUGCUGUUCACCUUUGACAUGCCAAUACGCCACUCCCAUGCCCCCCUGUCCAACAGCGCCCCCCAGGACUACCUCCUUCUUCACCAGUGCAUGAGCCGGAAGAGCGAGAGCACCCGGAGUGCCAGUUUCUCGCAGGCGCAGCGUGGCAGUCUGUUGUUGGGCAGUGACUCAGCAAUGCAGCGUCUUGCUCAUGGAGUUUCACAGUGUCUGAACGGGACGGGUUCUCAGCUGCAUGGCUCCUACAGCCUCCCCAAAUCCAACAAACACCAACAGCUUGGGGUACGUGCAGAUUCACCCUGCUAUGUGCUGCCCCGAGCCCACAGUGCCGAAGAGCCUUCUGACCUGGAAUCUGAUGAAAUUUACACCUAUAAGACACCCAGUAAUGCCCUCGCCACUGUGCAACUCAACGACCACCGCCCUCCUGACAACUACGAUCUGCCUGGCACACCCGGCUCUAUCUAUCAGAUACCUCGCACAUUCGAUAGGAACCACAACGCUCUGACACCCAACAGUGCAGAUUCAACGGGUGGCCCCCCACCCCCCAGACCACCAAAACCCAGCCUGAACUCAGAAACACGCUGGGGAAGCCCUCAGUCCCUCGGACAGAAUGGAGACAUGGCUAAUGUGUCUGUCAUCCCAAGGAGGAACACUCUUCCAGCUGUGGAGAACAUCAAGCUUCACAGAGGAUCCUCGUUUGAGACCAGCAAUCAGCGUCCACACUAUUUCAAUAACUCUGGUCAAUCAGUAGAAUCUGUCAAUGAUGGCUUCAGUUCCUACAUGAGAGAAAAAACUCCACUUACCCGCUCAGACAGUGGAAAUUCUGAAGACAACUACGUGCCUAUGAACCCUGGCUCCUCCACCUCCCCUCUCAAUGCUGCCCUGGCUGACAGCCCCAAGAACAACUACAUUCCCAUGAGUCCUGGUCCACACCACUUUGACUUUCCAGGAUUCUCCGCCACUCUUCCAGCCAGGAAAGGCAGUACAGCAUCAAUGUGCUACCGACCAGGCCGUGUGAGUGACGUCACACCUCCACCAAUCAACCGCAACCUUAAGCCCAACAGAAAAGUAAAGCCAUCACCUCUGGACCUGAGGAACAAUGGCAUCAUUGAUGAGCUUCCUUUUAAGAGCCCUGUGACCUUGUCUUGGAGCAGACCUGUGCCUGUUUUGAACUCCAUCUCCUCCCAGCACUGUCGACCCAUCUCCACUCAGAGCAUCACCAGCACUGAUUCUGCAGACAGUGAGGAAAAUUAUGUGGCAAUGCAAAACCCAGCAUCUACCUCGCCAGUGGUGAGUGGUACCAGCAGCCCUGCCUCUAGGAAAGGUGGUAACGUCGACUACUUGGCUCUGGAUUUCCAGUCUGGAUCCCCUGGUCCACACAGAAAGCCUUCCACGUCUUCCGCAACAUCAGAUGAAAAGGUUGACUAUGUCCAGGUGGACAAGGAGAAGACGCAGGCCCUUCAGAACACCAUGCAGGAGUGGACGGACAACCGGCAGUCCAGUGAGCCGGCCAAAGGCAUUAAAUCCUGACAGUGCGCUAACAUAAUUAUUCUGACAGCAAGAUGAAAAACACAAUGCACGUGGGCCUCCUUAUCACUUCAUUUUCCACCAGACUCAUGUGCCAUGACAUUUCUUCCUUCAACAAAAUACCAGAUUCAGCCGGAUUUUAAGCGAUGCUAUAACAUGGAACCCAAAGCCAUAACACACCCUUGGUCUUAUGAGGGGAAAAAAAUAGCCAUUAAUCAUCAAGGAACUGCCUUGCCUGAUAACUAUGGACAAAGAUUAACCACAUUAUUUUUUAUAAAUUGCUGUAUCAUGAUCAUCGGUAUAUGAUACAUCAAAAAAUGUGCUGAAAAAGAAUGCCUUGUGUCUUAUAAAUUGUUUGAUUAAAAUAUUUCCCUUGUGUACAAAUGCCUCAGACGAAUCAGGGCAAACCCAGAGGUAUAAUUGCUAUAACUGUUAGAAUAGCCUUUGAAUACUGGCUGUAAUAGUUCCUUAACCUCUGCUAUGUAACUAGAGUUCAUAGUUGUCAUCAACUAGAGAGGUGUGAAGGAAUUUUUUAUAUACAUUUUCCCAAAAUAUAAGCAAACUAGUCUAAUUAAACUACUGCAACCUUGACCAGGCAGUUACUAAUUCAGCAAGCAUCAUACCUGACUGCUCACUCUUGCCCACCCAAAAAUAAGAAACAAAAUGAAACACGCUGCAUUAUCUGUUCAUUGCAAAUAAGGUUCACAUGCUCGGUUACAUCCCCCUGACAAACUGAUUAUAUAUCAAGUGAUCUUUUCAAAGCAUAUACUGUAUAUUGUAGGUUAAUACUCUUCACUCUGAUGUAAUUAUAAGAAACCUGCAAACAAACAUCUGACAUUUGAGGACAGUCACUAAAAUACCUUAAAACUAAUUUUAUAUUGGAGAAUGAAAAAGAUCCAUGAAAAGAAAAGCAUGCAUUCACUACUUCAACAACAUAGAUUUGUAGAAACCAUCACAGGUUUGUGGGAAAAACAAUUUACAAGACACAGGCUGCAUGUAGAUCUGUGAAUAUUGAAACACAUUCGAGAUGUCUUACUGAUUAUUGAGGAUGCACACAUUUAUCAAUACCACUAAUCUCUCUCUGUAACCUUGUAAGCCGAUGGCUCAUAUUUGAAAGAAAAUACCAAAGUCUGCACCUCAGACUGUGCAGUUGCAGCAUGAGUUGCAUGCAGUUGCCUCUUUAUUUGGGAGUGCAGUACAGGCCACAGAUAUCAUUGAUUGGUGGAAAGUUAUCUCUAGUGCAGUGUUAUCAAUACUAACAAAUGAGCACUGCAUGAAAUUUAAAUAACCGUGUUCUUUUCAGAGUCGAGUGAGCUUACGGUAACGGCUUUCCAGUCAAACUGAACUGCAGUCUAUCGAUUCUGGGAAAACAGAAGCCUGAUUAACAUUAACAUCAGUGGCUGAGCAAACAUGAGACUCAGCAGAAAAAAAAAAUGGCAAAACUUACUGGUGUGUGGUGUAAAGAACAAGCUUUUCAAUUUAUGAAACUAUAUUCAACCUAUGUAGCUGAGAUGUGCAUUGAGAGAUCUACCCAUGCAGAUUUAGCUUAGCUGUGCAUGUUCGGUCAGGAAAACGAUGAAAACACAUCGCGCAUUCUCUCUGUAGAGACUUAGCAAUAAAUUGAACUCGCUUGUCCGUGUUGCAAGUGGACAAAAUUAUUCUUUGGUUUUCAAUUAUGUAUCAGAGAAGAUAUAGAAAAGAUACAGUAAAUAUUGAAGUGGUUCUCAAGGUCAUAAUGGCUUUAGAUGUGUAUAUUUUCCUCCUGGAUUCAUGGCCAUAUUUAUUACACGGUGCAAAUGUGUGCCAGCAGAAGUGCCACACUAGCCUGUGUAUUCUUCAGAGGUUUAAAAUACACACAAACACACACACACACACACACACACACAAUUAUUAAAGAAGUGUUUUUAUUUGCAUAGAAUCAUAGAAUACAUCUCUGGUAUUUCUCGUCUGCACGAUGGCAGCAGUGGACCAACACUAAAGCAUUACUGACCUACUUGUCAUUCCAGUCAAUCACUUUGGUGCAGCUUCAUGUAAACUCGGUGAACUCCAGAUUAAUAUGAGGUCACGACUGUGCGUAAGUGUUACAUUACUGUGAAACGUUAAACAGACAAGUAUUUUAAACUGAACCAGGUGAAUUAGUUACAGCUGUACUGUGUCUUGUAAAUGAUGAAUUGGAAUUCACUGCAGUAAUGAAGAGUGUUACAUUUUUAAAGAGCAGAAAGCAGUUCCAAUGAAUCAUUUCUCUUUUACUGUUAAACGCUUUAACUUUCUGUGUAAGAAAAAAAAAAAAAAAACCUUUACAUGCAGUUUCUAUUUAAAACCACUGUCAAUAAAAAGCUUUUAGAUUUCGCAGGUGAUGAAGGAAAUGAUUACAAUCACAUAAUGUGUAGAGUUCACUUCAGAUUAUCAGGAAAAAAAAAAUCUUUCAGAUAGAAGGUUUCCUGAGUGGUUCUGCUUGUGAACUUCUGUUGUAAGCUACUUGUUUUUUGUUGUUUUUGUUUUUUGUUUUUAGCAAGGGCUUUGCAUAUUAACACACUGUAUUAGAGUUCUAUACAGAAUGUUCAAGAGCUACUCUUCCAGGCAAUUUUGUUUUUCUAAAAGUGCAAGGUCUCACAAAUGAUAAAUUUACAUGCCAUUUUAAGAUGUCACAAGACAUUAAGAUGAGAUGUUUAUGCCAAUUUAAAAGAACUAUGCCAGUCCUAUUGGAAAUCGAAUUAGAUAGAAAUAAUCUUUGCUUUCCAUCAAAGCUAUUUCUUAUUUAUUAUUAAAUAAAUACUCCAUUCAGUGCUCUUUAAUCCAGGUCCUCCUUUUUACUUUGAUUUGAGAUUAGAGCGUUUAGUCAGCACGGAUUAUGGGGCUACCUUUUUGUAUCACUGAUAUUGGAAAGCUUUAGAGAUGUAUUUUCUGGGGUAAUGGUGCACUGGCAUUGCAUUUCAGCAUUCUGUGAUUCUGCUGAAAGGCUGCGAGACUGAAAUCAGUUAAUCCCCAUGCCUUUGUCUGUGCUAAAAGUGAAAUGUUUAAUGUGCUGUCCUGGGAGAGCAUGUGUAAGUGAACUGAAUAUCUUUGUUGUGUUGUGUGUAUGUGUGUGUGUGUGUGUAUGCUGUAGUGUGAUGGAUGACUUGCUCUCUGAGCACGAUAGAAAAAAAAAUUGUCCAUCUUUUCUUUUUACUGAGUUUCUUGAAUAAUGUACACUUUGUUUUAUUUCUACUAUUACUGUAAAGCCUUUAUAUACAAUUUGCUUGUGAAUUAAUUUAUUAAUUUAUUAUGUGUGUGUUCACAGGAAGAAAAACUUGUAAGAAUGACAGUUUGUGGCUCUACUAACAUUAAUUUAUGCUACGCAUCUUGAUCUUUGUGAAGCAAUAUGCCAAGUAAAGCCAGUAAAAUGGUCUAAUGUGGUACUUUUGGGAUACAGAAAAAAAAAUAACAUUGUUAUUCCAUGAUAAUAUAUCCUCAGAAUGUCGACCAAAAUAAACUGCAGUGCAAACAUAAGCUUUCAGAUAUUGUCUUGUGAAGGUAAAUAUGAUGAUCUCUGUUAAUUGCAGAUGAUGUUAGCUGGGCUACAUGUGAAUCUGAAUUAAAAGGAA